AUGGAAUGUAUAAAAGAAGUCAAUCAUGAACUGCGUGCUGUUAUUGAAAUAAAUCCAGAUGCAUUAAAAAUAGCACGAAAAUUACAUGACCAACGAAAGCAACAAGGUUCACCUAGUCCAUUAGAUGGCAUACCUAUUUUAGUUAAAGAUAAUAUUCUAGUGUACUUUGAUCGAGAAUUACUUUUAGUUAUGGUCGCAUUUAAGAUAUUUCAGAAAAAGAUAUGCCGGGGGACAGUUCAUGGAUUUACAUUUUUAUUUCCAAAUCAAGAGUUCUUUGAAAAUAAUCACACGAUACAUCAUUCGGAAUUAGCUUUUCAAGCUAUGAUGCUGAACUCUGAUUCGGCCAUUGCAACAUCAACCGGUUUAUGUGCCGGUACACUUGGAACGGAAACCGAUGGAAGUAUAAUUAGUCCAUCGAAUCUUGCUGCAACAGUUGAAAUAAAACCAACUGUAGGUUAA